AUGUUCUCCUCCUUCACUCGUUUCGCCAUCCUCGCUGGUGCCAUCGGUGCCGUCGCUGCCUCCUCGUCCAACCCCGAAGACAACGGCUCCUGCGCUGAAGUCGUCAACCAGUGCAAGCUCUUUGCCUCCCAGGGCAUCUUCCAGAACGAGUACUGCGUCCUCGCCUCCAUCUGCGAUGCCGACACCGAUGCUGGCACCGACGGUCUCAUCGACCAGGUCCUCCCCAACGUCCAGCCCCGUCCUACCUCCGAGGGCUCCCAGCGCCUCAGCCAGGACGUCUUCAACAAGAUGAGCAACAACAGCCCCACGCUGUCGACUCAGAACAUCAUCGACGCGUACUACGGUGCUCUCACUAACACCUAUACGGGCACCAACGCCACUAACGCCCAGCAGUCUGGUCAGAACGGUCCUUACCCCACCGACGCUGCUUAUGUCUCUGACCUCUGGGACAUCGUCGCCGCAUGGACUGACAACUGCGACACCGCGGAGAUCCCCUACAACAACUUUGCCGACUACCUCCAGUACGCCGCCCAGAGCGACUACCACCCCACGUGCGACUGCUAA